AUGGCAGACAUUUUGAAAAACGACGAUGCUCUCAAGGAGCAGUUUGAGAAGAACAUUUUACAGCGGGCCACGCAGGUUAUGGGCUCAGAGCAGGACCCGACUCUGGGGCAGUACAUUGUGAUGAUGCUGCUAGACGACUACGUGACCGAGGACACAAUCAAGUCAGAGGUGAAGCAAAUGACCGAGGGGCAGCUCAGCGACGACUUUGUGGCGUGGUGCAAGGACGAAAUGGGUCGCGUGGCAAAACACGGCGGUGCGGUACAGGAGGACACAGAAAUGGAGGAUGAAUACAGCGUGGGGUCUAUGCCUGGCCGACGGAAAACAGAGAGCGUUUUCAAGGGCAGACAGGAUCGAAGUGCGUUUGGAGGCGUGGGCAAGUCGCUCAAGGAUCGGGUCGGCCGAAACGGCGUGUCCAAGGCAUUCAGCAAGGAGGGGGAAUAUAGCAUCAGGAGCAAGCCCACAUCUACCGGGGGAGUUCCUACGGGUUCUGUAGGAGGCAUUCCGACGGACGCACAGCAGGCCAUGUUCGCGACGAUGCAGAAAGCGCUGUCGAUGGAUCUUCCGCCAAAGGAGCGGUUCAACCAUCGGUGCCGAAACUGGCCCAACUGCAACUACGAUAACUGCAAGUACGUGCAUCCCACAGAGGCAUGUGAGGCGUUUGCCAACGGUGGAGCGUGUGCUGCUCCUCCUGGCACGUGUCUCAAGGUGCAUGUUGGCCAGGAUAUCGAUGAUCUGGCCAACCUUCCCGAGCAGCCCAAGCCGUUUGAGUGGGUGCCCUAUGAGAGAUACAAGCCUGCAGUUCCCAAGGGCUUUAUGCUCAUGCCCAUGAUGACUCCCCAAGGCCCCCAACAGGUCAUGGUUCCCCAGGUGCCCGUGAAAACGACCAUCAUGGAGUGUCGGUUCACAGACCGGUGUGCCAACCAGCAUUGCACUUAUGGCCAUCCUACUCCAUGCAACAAUGAGGCCAAGAUCACCGACCAUUUUGCGUGGUGCGACAAUAAGGAGCACUGUGCGGAUCCUGAGUGUGUCAAGAACCAUCCGUCGUCGUCGUUGGUGCGUGAGAAUGAGUCUCUUCCCUCAGGCCAGACUCUGGAGCAGUGCAAGUUCAACAACUACUGCACCAACCCCAAAUGUCGGUUCCGACAUGCCAUGUCCAAGACCAUUUGUCGAAACGGAAAGGAGUGCACCCGAAUGGACUGCAUCUUCAUGCAUCCCGUGGAGACGCCAUGCAAGUAUGGCGUCAACUGUGCCAACAACAAUUGUAUCUUCUCGCAUCCCGAGGGUCAUGGAAACGGCACUGCUGAGCGAAAGUUUGUGAAUGAGGCUGAGGGAACUGAAAAGCUCAUUCCUGGCCAGCAGCAGCAGCAGGAUGUUGAAGGUUCCACUGUUGACGCCGAUACCACCAUGGAAUAG